AACAUGACCAGCUCGAAGCUUCUGGACCACGUGAGAAACGACAACAACACGAGUACGUCGCUUGUGGACAUAUCUGCGGACGUCGGCCCCAGCGGACAAAAUUCGUAUCAAAGCGAAAGCUUACAGCAUCCACCCAAUACGAUACGCGGUAAGACCUGGUAUGAUGUGUCUCGCGACUUGAUCAACGACUUUAGACACAAGCAGAUGGAUGAAUCUACUCUGGCCUACUCCAGCAUCAUUUUCUACGCCAACCAUUUAGUAUUGCUUCUGCUUUUCUUUAUGAUUUCCAUCUACAAAAAUGUGAACUAUCUCUACAGGAAGAUGGUGCUCAAGUUUUAUACAUUGACAUACUACCCAAACAAGCUGCCGCAGUUGAUCCGUGAUGACGUGUCGAAACUUGCCAAGAUUCCUAGAGUGAUCUCGUGUAUUCUCGACUUGAAGGACGACGACGACGAGAACGGCGGCAUUGACGGCUUGAUCGGACUGAUCUCCGAGCUUGCUGCCUGGACGGUCUCUGCCGGAAUUCCUCACUUGGUAAUCUACGAGUACAACGGUGUUGUUGUAGAAAACAAGGGAAAUUUGGCCCAACUAAACCGUUAUAUUCUGAAGAAUUUAGCAGCCUAUUUUGGCACUGACUUGAUUCCGAGCUACGCCAUUAGAAUCCCCCACCAUAAUACCGUCAUCUACAGCAGCCAUACCGGCAAAACUCAGGUAAACUCCGCAGAGAGAGACGUGGACUUGGAGAUCUGGUUGUUGUCACGGGAGGACGGAAAGCCUACCAUCGUAGAAUUAACCAAGACUAUGAGUGAAUUGGCCCAGAACAACGAGCUCUCGGUCAACGACAUCACCAUUGACUUGAUUGACGAAGAGCUAGCCGAGCUUGUCGGACCUGAGCCGGACUUGUUGAUCAGCUUUGGGCCGCUGUUGGAUCUCCAGGAUUAUCCGCCAUGGCACAUUCGGUUGUCCGAGAUAUACUGGGAGCCUGAGAACAAAGAUGUGAUCUAUGCUGUGUUUAUCCGGGCAUUACAGCAGUUUUCUAACUGUAAGGUUAACGUCGGUAAAUGA